UCGGGAUUUCUUUCGAUGAAGAGUGAGAGAGAGGGGUCACCAGGCUCCUCCUCGCGCCUCACCGGCAGCAGGAGCAGAGUGGAAGGACACGCGCUGCGACAAGAGACUGACAGCACGAGACGAGGUUACUCAGUUUGCGCAGCCCGCGCUACCAGUCUGGUAUCACCGCCGGAAACCGAUCCGUGCGCUCCCGGAAAUGACGCAAUGGAUUCGGUACCCGCCCCCUACUUCCGCCUCCAGAGUUCCGCACGCACGUCUGCACGAGGUGAGGACGACAUGGAGGCCUCGGCUUCCCCUGCUGUGUCCGAUUCGGGUGUGCCCGCGGCCUCGCUCGCGACUCCUGCUGUCCCCACCUCCCUGGACCAGUUGGACGAAGGGCAGAUAAGAAAGGCAGUGGAAGCUCUGUUGACACAUGCCAAAACCAGGAAAAACAGUAAUGGAUUGCUUCUGAAUGAGAAUGAAAAUUUAUUUUUAGUGGUGGUAUUGUGGAAAAUUCCCAGUAAAGAACUGAAGGUCCGAUUGCCCUUGCCUAAUAGUAUUCGGACAGAUUUAGCAGAAAUUUGUUUGUUUACCAAGGAUGAACCCAAUUCGACUCCUGAAAAGACAGAACGUUUCUAUAGACAGCUUUUGAAUAAGCAUGGAGUUAAAAUCAUUUCUCAGAUUAUUCCUUUCCAGACUUUGAAAAAGGAGUAUAAAGCCUAUGAAGCCAAGCUUCGCCUACUGAGUAGUUUUGACUUCUUCCUCACAGAUGAUAGGAUCAGGCGGCUCUUACCAUCGCACCUUGGGAGGCAUUUCUAUCAAAGGAAGAAAGUUCCAGUAAGUGUGAACCUUCUGGCCAAGAAUUUAUCAAAAGAGAUCAAUAGUUCUAUAGGUGGAACCAUAUUAAACAUCUCGAAAAGUGGUUCUUGCAGCACUAUACGCAUUGGUCACACUGGAAUGCAGGCCCAGCACAUCGUUGAAAAUGUUGUUGCUGUCACGAAAAGGCUUUCAGAAAAAUUGCCAGAGAAAUGGGAGAGUGUGAAACUCUUGUUUGUGAAAACUGAGAAAUCGGUUGCCCUUCCCAUCUUCUCCUCGUUUGUCAGCAGUCAGGAUGGAGCCAAAAGAAUAUCCACUCCUACUCAGAAGGAAAAGAAAAAAUUGGGAAAGGAGAAACACAGAGGAAAAGAAUAUGAAAAACAGAAGAAGAAAAGGAAGAAAAACAAAAAGAUAAUGCAAGAGGGUGGUAAGGCUGCAUCAGUCGGAACUAAAGAUGAUGUAGCACCGAAAAUUGCUGGUGCUCCAGUGAGUAAUUCUGGACCCCAGAAAGGAGCGAAUGCAAAACAGGAGAAGACUGGCCAACGGAAAGCCAAAUUGAAACUGAAAGAUGAACCUGAAGAUGAAAUUCCACAACUUGUACCAAUAGAAGAAACUCCAGCUAAAGGAAAUGUAGAGAUGCAAACACAUGGCACAGAAAAGACGUCUCCAAAAAAGAGGUCUGGUCCCAGCACGUCUCGUGGGAAGAAAAGAAAGAUUUUGCCAGCUUCAGAGACUCCAAGCACUGCAGAGCCUGAGACUCCAAGUAAAGGCCUGGGCAAGAAGCCAAAAAUUGAAGAGAUAGAAAAAGAAAGAACCUCUUCCCUGGGGAAAAAAGACCCAAGACAGACUCCAAAAAAGCCAGGGGCCAAGUUCUUUGCUACUCCUAGCAAAUCUGCAAAGAAAGCUCCCCAAACCCCCAAACAGUGCCCCCCCAAACCCCAAGUGCCCCAGUCAACCUAACAUGAGUAAAUAGGAGGAAACAUAGUGCACCUUAAGUGUGCUUGGUCCAGACCGCACUAUAGUCCUACCAGGCCUGGAAGUUGAUAUGCUUAUAAACCUCCACAGGUGACUCUUGGUGUAUGUUCCAGGGUAUAAGAGGUUUAAAGUGAAUUCUAUUUUUAAAUUGGUCUUUGUGCUUGCUUAUGUAAUAGAAGGAAAGUAAAGUGUUUCUCUUUGUGUUUUUCAUUAAAAAUACAAGUUGUUUUUA